AUGGCGUCCUUCGUCACCACAUCUCUCGACAUCAUCCGUCGACACAAACGCAACCGACGACCGCGAAUGCAUUCCCGCUGGGGCGACGUGGACAUCACCGCGCCUAUUGACGGUGCCUGGUCGCAAUACAACAAUCCGCAUUUGAAAGGGAAGAAGCUAUAUGGACCGGGGUUUGUGCCCGGCGCGACGGGCGGGAAUAAAGAAGUGCUUCUUCUUGAUGACGAGUAUUCCUCUGAUGAUGACGAAGAAGAAGAAGAAGAAGAAGAAGACCAGGUAGAAGGCAAAGAAGCAGAACGGGAAGAAAAAGAAGAGGAAGGGGAUACGAAAAAAAGAGAUUCCAGAACCCGUCGUCUGACUCGCAUCCUACUCCCAUCUAACGUCAACACCCAAACGAAAACAGCAGAAGAAAAGCCCAUCGAGUUCGAAUACAAACCAAUACAUCCAAACUAUGCACAGGAACUCGCCGAGAAGCGCGAUAUAGAGGCGCGGCCGAAUUUUCGCUACGUCCCGGCCAGCGAGGCAUAUUUUCGGGAGUUGCAGGAAUUUAGCAACAACAACAAUAAUACACACGGAGGAGAUGACGUCGGUGCCAAAAAGCACAGUAUCAAAAGGAAGCCAGUGCCUCAACGCAGCCACUCUUGUGAUCCUUAUGUUGUCAGCGAUGUUGUUUUCGUCGCCGAAACCAGGGAAGCAAUACCAGGGACACUGCCUUCAAAUACAAUGUCUCGAAAGACAACGAUAACAUCCUCCCGCAAACACAGCAAGCAAAAGGAAUCCUCAGAUCAAACCCGCGGCCGAUCGAAGCCUAAUCAGCAAAAUCUCGACGUUCAGCGAUCACAGUCGGCAGCGGUUCGCCGCCAGUCACAUCGACGGACGAUGACACUGGAUAUGGUUGGAGAUCAAGAGGACUUGUGGUAA